UGAGUCUGUGACCCCGUAGUUGCUGGCGUCAGUGUCAUUCGCACGUGUUUUCUUUCUGGACUGCCAUUCCCUUUGGCGCCUGAUUGCUAUUCCAUGGCAUAGCCACUCCAUUGGUAGAUCAUGUGAUGUACUUUAUACUGGUGCAGCUAAAGCGAGUUGGAAAAACAAAACUUGUCGCUUCCAGUGAGCUUUUCUUGCUAAAGUUUGCGAACGUGUUAAAAUGUGGAAAUGCUGAAUUAAUGGAAAAGUCUUUGAUCUUUUGACAUAAUAAAGACUUUUGUCAUGGAUCGGUACUCGAAAACUAAUUACCAUUUUAAGAUGUUUGAAAAAGUUCGUAUUACUGUGACGUUAUAUCUUUUGGUUACCACCUCUCUGACAGGAGGCUCAAGCGGCGGCGAUGCAGGUGGGCCGAGGCUGACAGUGACCCCGCCCUCUCAUGUGGUGUUUUCCUCCGAGACUGGAGUUGUGGUGGGCUGCGUGGCGGAGGGCUCUCCGCCUCCCACCGUCACGUGGGUUACGCGAGAGGGACGCCCACUCCCUAAUUACUCUCCAUUCAUCGACAUUCUGGCUAAUGGAUCUCUAGUGCUCAGGCCAUUUCAACCUGACAGGUACAGAGCUGAUGUUCACGCAGCUACGGUGAGAUGUCGAGCUUCCAACGUCCAUGGCACUGUCAUCUCUCCACCAGUGACACUUCAAGCAGUUGUUUGGCAAGAAUUCAUCAUCAGAGCCGAGGGUGGGCGAGCAAUUAUUGGUGGCUCUGUAUUACUGAAAUGUCUCAUUCCUGCCCACUUGUCCAAAGUAGUUACGCCGACAGCUUGGGAGAUGUCUACACAUACCAUCUAUCCUACCUCAACACCUGAAGGUCGAUAUCUGAUGGUUGGCACCACUGGAGACUUACUCGUCCGAGGGGUUACUCACGAAGACGCCUUCGCCGAAUUCAAGUGUCGGGUGAGAGAUCGGGUUAAUGGCGGACGUGAGAUGUCAUCCAGGGAGCCAGCCAAGAUUCUUGUGCUUGAACACGGGGAACCUUCUAGGCCUUCCAUUGUGGACCAACAGCGCUCUGUGACAGUUCCUGAAGGAGCUCCUCUCGUCCUGCCCUGUAUAGCCACUGGAAGUCCCACUCCAACGGUCAACUGGAUUAACUAUAUGGGUACUGGUCUCCGAACCGGUAUAGGGGGUCAUACCAUGGGUCACCUAAAUAAUCAGCACUUAGGUCCUGCCAUUGGGUCAGAUGUCCUCGUCAUUGAAAGCGCUCAAACCUCUGAUAGUCGGAGUUACACCUGUGCAGCUAAUAACUCUGUAGGAACUGACCAGGUCACGGUAGAUGUCGUGGUUGAGCCGCGCUUGACGGUUUCCGUGACUCCGCCUAAGGUCAAGAUUGACUUGGGUGGCACUGCAACCUUCUCCUGUAGAGUUUCUGACCCGGCAGCAGCUGUAACUUGGUUCUAUAAUGGGUCCCCCAUCAAUGGCAAUGGCAGAAUAGUCGCAGCAGGAGGCCAACUCAUCAUAUCAAGCGUGACCCGAGAUGACCCGGGGAUGUACCAGUGUCAGGCAUCCAGGUCGACAAGGGCCGCCCAGCAGGCGUCACAGCUGAUCCUGGCAGAUUCCAAACCAGUCCUGCAAUACAGGUUUAUAGAGCAGACGAUCCAACCGGGUCCUUCGGUGUCCCUGAGGUGCUCUGCUGUAGCAAAUCCGAUGCCUACAAUUACCUGGACACUUGAUGGACUGCCUAUCCCUCAAUCGGACAGGGUGGUUGUGGGUGUCCAAGAGGGAAGCCGAGGAGAGGCCGUAGGUCAUGUCAACAUUUCUCACACAAGAGUUGAAGAUGGCGGCAGAUACCAGUGCACAGCUUCAAACGUCGCUGGAACAGUUUACCAUAGAGCUAGUCUUAAUAUUUAUGGGUUACCUGUAGGACGCCCACUGGCCACGGUUACGGCUGUGUCCGGUCAAAUGCUCGAACUGAGGUGUCCCGUAACUGGUUAUCCUCUCCACACGUUUACGUGGAAUAAAGAUGGGGAAGGCAUCGUUGAAAGUCUUGGGCGGAGAAUCGACACCGACGGAACGUUGAUCCUGGAGCGAGUGAGUCGUCCGUCAGAUGCCGGAGUUUACACCUGCACCGCCUCCACCAAGCAAGGCCGGGCAGCCACUGGGUCUGCUCAGGUCUCCGUCCUGGUACCUCCCCGUAUAGAAUCCUUUUCGUUUACGGAAGAUUUAUCAGAGGGCAUGAGAACUCAGGUGAUGUGUGGCGUCAGCCAAGGGGACCCUCCCAUCAAUAUAGAAUGGUUGAAAGAUGGGCAUCCUUUCCCUAAGGAUGGUCCACCUAACAUUCAGGUCAUGAGCUUAGGCGAUUUCUCGAGUGUGUUGGCCAUAAGUUCUUUGACUGCAGGGCACUCAGGCCGAUACACUUGCCAGGUUCGAAACGCAGCAGCCAUAGAGCGCUACACAGCUACACUCACCGUCAAUGUGCCCCCAACAUGGGUACUGGAGCCCAGAGAUAGUCACGUCAUUCGGGGUCAGUCUCUUGUAGUCGACUGCGCUGCCAGAGGAUACCCGGAGCCCUCCCUCAUCUGGAAGAAGAAAGUUGGCAGUGGAUCUGACGCCUUCAGGAGUGUUGAACUGGUGAGACCGAGGGCCGAGCACCUCUCUAACGGCUCUCUUUACAUCGCUGGGGCUGAGCCAGAGCAUGCUGGUACCUACGUCUGCCAUUCUUCUAAUUCGGUGAAUCAAAUAUCGUCAACCAUCAACAUUUCGGUGAACUCUGCUCCAUACUUCCUGGGAGGAACAAGCUCAGAGGAGAUCCGCGCAGGAGAAAUGGCCGUCCUUGAAUGCCGGGUGAAGGGCGAUGCACCACUGACUCUCAACUGGGCUUUCCGGGGGGCGCCUCUCCAUCACACUUCAAGAUAUAUAGAAAACGAAAAGGUUGACCCAGAGGGCACCUCCGUAGGGAAGAUCGAAAUCUUGUCAGCCUCUCAGGCUGAUGCUGGAGAUUACACCUGCACUGCCCAAAACGACUUCGGGAGGAAUUCUCGCAUCAUUACUCUCAGCGUGCAUGAGCCUCCUUCACCGCCUCGAGGACUUCAAGUGAUCUGGAGGGGCUCCAGAUCAGUGAGAAUAUCUUGGGCUGUCCCCGAACCUUCCCCCUCCUCGUACGUCCUUCAGUACCGAGAGGCUACCGAGGGCUGGAGUGAAUCCCGCGAACUGACCAUCCAGGCGGGGGGUUUUACUCCUUCUGGAGGAGUUGAAAUUUCGCCCCUCAUUCCCGCCGCCAGCUACAUCGUCAGGGUAUCCGCUGUCAACCACCUGGGAAGAUCCGCAGCAUCAGAGGAGCUCAGAUUUACCACGUCACCCGAAAAGCCAGGGGCUGCACCCGUAGACGUCCGUGCAGAGGCCACUGGACCUCGGGAGGUAAAAGUAUCUUGGAGGCCUCCUCCCAAAUAUCGUGCACAUGGGACCAUAUUAGGAUUCUACCUGGGUUACGCACCCGUGCUCACCCACACAAGUUCAACAGGGAGUCCCCAGUACAACUUUACGACGGUGGAGAGGUCUCAGGGCUUACGAACAGUUGAAGAAGGCUUGAGAUCUGAUGGAGAGGUCAUAAGAGCUGGGACAGACACUGCAAGGGUCAUAGGAGCCCCAAGUGGCCUUGGCGGAAGUGUGGGACCAACUACGGAAAGUCUGUGGGUUGUCAAAAUUGGGGGCCUCCAGCCUUACACCAAAUACCAUGUUGUCGUACAAGCCUUCAACAGCGAGGGGUCGGGUCCAUUGAGUUCCCCUGUGGUUGUCACGACGAGGGAGGAUGUUCCCGGAGGCCCCCCGCUCGAUUGCAGGUGUAAUAGUCUAUCUUGGGACAGCGUCCAAGUUUCUUGGGGAGCACCGGAUCCAAGGCUCCAUCACGGAAUCCUGAAAGGAUACAGGUUCGAGUACGAAAGAUGGGAUGGCUGGAGUGAUACCGUGCAAACGUCGCAAACAACGUCAUUGACAGCGGUCGUGACUGGCCUAGAAGCUGCUACUAACUACAGCGUGAGGGUGCGGGCUUAUAACAGUGCUGGGGACGGGCCUUGGUCACUCUCAAUAGUUUGCACGACGCAUGAGGACGUACCGGGACGUGUGGCAGCCAUAAAAGCUGUUGUCUCCAGUCCCUAUUCCUUCAUAGUGUCCUGGUCUCCGCCGACAAAGCCUAAUGGCUACAUUGUGUCCUAUAAAGUCACGUGGAGAGUCGUCAGUGCGAGGAUAGAGGGGGGGGGUCGAGGCACCGAAGGCAUUAGUACAUUGGCCGGCACGGAGACAUUUAUCAAGGUGGAAAAUGUCCAAGGGAGGCUUGUUGAGGUUGAAGUGGUUGCAGCAACCCGUGAAGGAGAGGGCCCACCAACUGCUGCUCGUGUAACCCUUACCAAUAGUGUUCCAGCAGCCAUUUUCUCCACUUCUGUAUCCAUCAAAUCCAAAAAAGGAGAUGAUGUGACCUUACCCUGUGGCCACGUGGGUGAUCCACAACCAUCAUUGGUGUGGACUUACCAAAACAGACAAGUUAGCCAAGAGGGAAGGAUGGUCAAGAGUGACGGAGGUCUUCUGAUUCAGGAUGUGCAGAGGCAAGAUUCAGGCAACUAUACGUGUACCGUCAGCAACAGUCAUGGUUCUGAUCAUCUAACGCACCAUUUGACUGUCUUAAUUCCCCCGUCAGCUCCCUUGGUACUGGCUUCGUCUUCAUCAGAGAGCAGUGUUCAAGUUCAGUGGAAACCUGGAGAUGAUGGUGGCUCCCCCGUCAUCCGAUAUUCACUCUAUUAUCGAAAGGACCACGGGGCUUGGACUCAGAUGAAUCUUCACCGGCACGCAAACUCCCAUGCACUCAAAGGUUUAGAAUGUGGGUCGCGGUACCACAUCUACGUCGUGAGCCACAACGCUGUGGGUGUAAGCCCAAGCAGCAGCACCGCCGUCGUCAGGACUCUCGGAGGACCUCCCCAGCCCCCGCAACCACAGCAAUUCUUCUCAGUCAACUCCUCCAGCAUAGCCAUUUUCCCGAAAGCGUGGAGAUCUCACGGAUGCCCCAUUUCCCACUUGGUGUUAGAGUAUCGCCAAUACAGUGACAAACAUUGGAUUCAAGUGUCUAGCGGAUGGCCAAAGGAAAAUCGAGUAGAUGUUGGCGGCUUGGGGCCAUCUACCCGAUACGACCUCAGAGCAACAGCGGUAACAAGCGCAGGUUCCACAACCCACAGUUAUUCCUUUACAACGUUAACUGCUGCCGGAGAAGUCUCACCUGUGUGGUCCGAAGACGGUUGGAGACAAUGGGGGUCGCUGAGGGUUUUGCUGCCUCUCCUGACCUCAGUUAUCGCCCUCGCUUCGUCUCUGACCCUCGUUUGCUACUGCUUUAGGAGAAAAAUAAUUCCUGGAGGGAACGGAAAAGAGGCGGCAGAUGGAGAGAGGGACAAGCGUGGUUCGAGCAGUGACGUCAUGGACAACAAGCAUAACAUGGCCCAGAGGGAACAAUACUAUGCCACCAUCAAGAAGGCUAAUCACAGAGACAAUCAGAGUGAUACUGCUCCAGAAGACGCUGACGACAUUUAUCCGUACGCCACUUUCCCAUCAUCCAACCAGGCUAAUCCGGAUUCCAGUCACAUUCCCAUGAUGCCAAUAUACCAAACACAUAAUUACGAAAAGAACGAAACUUACGGCGAGAGUAAACAAAACAGAGACAGCCGUGCACGGGGCCAGUUCAUCAGUCGAAGCCGAAGUCGAAGCCGAGGGGGCGUUGCUGACAGCGAUGACUAUAAGAUGUUAGGAUCCGAGACCGAAACCGAAUACGGCGGAGUCUCUUCAAGAACGGAAUCCUCCAACCAGUUGGACGACAUCCCAUCCAUACGUGACCAGUCGGUCUAUAGCAGGGACUCGGUCUACUCUGGUGAUAGCGCAAGAACCGUACCAAUCAAGGACCCACGAGAUGCAGGGUUCCCGAAGGAGAGGGAGGGCGCUCGCAACGCCGCCAGCCAGGGAUUCCAGCAAAGGAUUCACCACAACCUGCUGUACCACGCCGAAUCGAGCACCUCCCCUGAACCCUCCCCCACCACUGAACGAAAGUCCUUUCUCCGUCACGCAAGAGCAAGGUCCCGUGUGACAGCCGAGGGCGUGAAGGCUGUGCUGGGAGGGCUCCAUGUGAAUGCAGCGGCAACGCCUCCUGCGGCCAUGCCUCCGUCCUACCCUGGGGUCGUGGGGCACCACCUCUCAGGGCGCCCCAACCGCAGAGGCCCAAGCCAAGACCCGCCGGAGGUGAGUGAGGCGGAGUGUGAUCGCGACAUCCUUCCGCCCCCUCGACGGUAUAGUGACGCCAAGUUCAAAGGACGAAAUUCGGGUGAUUAUUCAAUUGAUGUUUAAGAGAAAAUG